GGCAACGGGAGUUUCAGAGACGGAGAGAGCGCCUGUUGCUGGAGCUGCGAGUCGCCAGUAGGGGCGCUGCGGAGGAAGGUGCCGAAGCCCAUUGCGGAGCGAUUGCAGGCUCGCCCCGGCAGCAGCGGCAGCAGCAGCAGCAACAUGAGCUUCGCGGAGGCGCGCCUGGUCCCGCUCGUUCUAUUCCUAACCGCUUUGCGUUUCUCGGAUGUCAGCAGCAGCAGCAGCACCCCAGCUACUUCUGUGACAACAGAAAAUGUCAACCAGCAAAAUUCAGAGAGCAUUUCCAGCAAACCAGGAUUCAGUACAGCAGAAUAUACCACCCAAGAUCCACCCACUGCUAAGCAAACGGAGGAGAAAACUGACUUCAAAUUCAUGAAGGAUAAUAUUACCAUAAGCGCGGAAUCUCCCCAAAAGUCAAUGACAAAAAAUAUCACAGUAGUGAGUCCAACUGAACUUGAACUGCUGUGUAGUUUGCCUCUUACCUCUUCCACAGAAAUGGAAAAAAUUGAGGUUGUUUGGAAAAUGGGUAACAAAACCAUCCAAGAGGACAGGAUCUACAAGAAUGAAACUGAAACUAAAUGGUGCUCUCGAUAUACGGUAUACGUCAGAAACAAAGACCAAUUGGGAAAGUACACUUGCAUUUUUAAAAUUAAACAGGAAGUAAAUGCUACAUUUCGUUUACAAGUACCUGAAGUACACAUAAAAUCGGAGAACGUAAUCACUUACGUAGGUUAUUCUGUGAUCCUGACGUGUUCAGUUGGCGAUGAGACAGUCUGUUAUAACGCUUCCUUUUGGACUUGGUAUAAAAUGAACGGAAGUGAAAAGGUUGCUAUUAAUAGUACUGUAAACCCAAAUAAGUACGGAAUUAUCCCGGAGAAACAACCCUGCGUAACCAAACUGAAUAUCUUGGAGCUCUCAGAAGAUGACAGUAGCCUUUAUGGCUGCGAAGCUGGAUUUCCAUUUGGUGAAAGCAAAGGGCAAGUCUCCCUCAAAGUCCUCACCUACAUGGCACCACUCAAACCAUUCCUUGCAAUAGCCGCUGAAGUUAUUAUUUUAGUCGCAGUGAUUUUCAUCUAUGAAGUAUGCUCCAAAAGGAAAGAGAGUCAUGCCGAAGUCGAAAAAGAAUUUGAACAAACGGAAACAUUGAAAUCGGAAGACAGCAACGGUGUGGAAAACAGUACCACCAGGCACAGAAAAGUUUAAGUCCUUUGUGGGAAGGCGGCAAGGCAAAGGAAACAGAUGGCUAUCUGUCACAUCAGGAAACUUCAGAGAGAUGUAAACGGUGGAACCAUAGCUACUCUGCUUCUGAUAAUGGCCUUUUUAGAUGUGUUAAGAGUAAAUAAUACUGCUUAAAGUGUAUUUUUAGUAAUGGACUUAUCAAACAAUGCAAAUGUCUUGCCCGUUGUCACAUUGUGCUGAACCUGUGUUGUUGUAUGCUUUCCAUACUCUGUUACACCCAUUUGAGCCUUUUGGCUCCAGUUAGCAAUAACUUCCAACCAUUAGUCUGAAUGUGUAUGUGUGAUUUUAAAUAUGAGACCGGACAUUAGUUCAGGCUGCCACCGAUUCUGUUGUAUAAGGAAAGUACUGCAGCAUCAGAAUAAUCAAUGCCAGCCAUGAUUCCCAAGCAAAAUAACAAGCAAGUUGAGAAUUUUAUUGAGAUAGUACUAUAGCUCUUCAGUUUCUUUAACCUAGAACCAAUUAAUGUAACAAGGCCUGAUGACACACAUUUUAGCUGGUGAGAAAAUUUAUUGUAGACCAGGGCCUCCCUUAGAAUCUUGAGAAUCCCCUCCUUUCUUUUUGUAAAGAAACGAGUAGUUAGCCCUCUUGUUUAGUGAGAUUAUUUUAAUGUACAAAUAGUAACUAUAAGGCUUGGUAACUAGAAAUAAAAUAAACAAAUAGGCUACAUAUUUGGAA